UGCGCAUCUGCUUUCCUUUUUACCAGGCUCUAUUUCCGUGGAGAUGAUCCAUUAGGCAUUGGCAGUGGCAUCGAUAAUGAAACCACGCAUGUCCCCACAACCCUCAGUUUGAAUUCAACCUUUUGCAAAGAUGGAGGCCGCAGGUUGCGAACCAGGACCAAGACUAGGACCGACCAACUUAAACGGUGAAAUCCCUUGUGGGAACGUUACGUUUCAAUACCCAUUUGAAAUAAACGACCAACAUCAUCCCAAUGGUAGCCGGUUUAGAGUCAUCUGCAAGAAAACAACAGAUGGGCGGUCAAUGCCUUUCUUGAACAUAAAUGGCUUGGAUCUGCAGAUACUCGACUUUUCAUUUUUGAAAGGCAACGUCGUGGUGAACCAUACAAUAAUUUAUUUCAAUUGUCGCAAGAAGAAGAACAAUGGGAUGAGUCUUAAUCUAACAGCCACCCCCUUUUACUACUCAGAGGGCAACGUAAUUUGGUCUGCAGGUUGCGGUAAUUUGGUGACUGUUUUCGGCAACGAAACGAGUAAUCUUAUUGGCGGCUGUUUGCAACCAAGUUGUAGGAAUAGCAAUGAGGAUUCCUCAGCUACUGGCUGCCCUACUAAUGUUCCUCAGGGUCUCUCUUCUUUUUUUGUGAACAUGAGUGGAAGGGUUGAUUCUAGUGAUUAUAGCCGGAGAAGAUCUUGCGGAUUUGCUUCCAUAGUAAGCUGGGACGUUUAUUACGAUUUGACCUCAGAGCCACAAGAUUUCGAUUUAAGUAAUUGGACGUAUGUUCCAGUAUUACUGCAAUGGAGCACGCCGAUAUCAGGAUCGUGCCAUUUGAAACAAGGUUUAAGCGCUAAUUGUAGCUCCGAUCGUCAAUAUUGCUGGCAAAGUUUGGGCUCUACUCAUCUCUGUGUAUGCAACAAGGAUUUCGGUACCGGGGAUAUUUCGAGGUUAUGCAAAGGAAAGAAUUGCGGGGCUUAUGUUUGGUGUCACAUGCUUUGUUUGAAUACUCCUGGAAAUCAUUGUUCACCACGGGACUGCCCUCUUGGAUAUGAAUACAAUACUACCGCAUUUAGUUGUGAGCGCAGAAGAUCUGCUUCCCUAGUACCACCACCACCACCACAACAAAAUACUCGGAACUGGACAAGCAUCAUUAUAGGUUGCAGCACUAGUAUUGGGACAAUAUUUCUGCUACCUGUAAUAUGGCUAAUUUACAAAGCGCUGAAAAGAAGAAACGCCAUCAUGUUGAGGCAGAAAUACUUCAAAAAGAAUGGAGGUCUGUUACUGCAACAACAUUUGUCCACCAAUAAAAAUAAUUUUGAAAAAGUAAAGUUGUUUACUUCCAUUGAGAUGGAAAAGGCGACGGAUUAUUAUAAUGAGAACCGAAUCCUUGGUGAAGGAGGCCAAGGAACUGUUUAUAAAGGAAUGUUAACAGAUGGAAGUAUUGUGGCCAUCAAGAAAUCUAAAAUGGCAAAGGGCAAGAAAUUUGAUGAAAAGAAGGUUGAACAGUUCAUCAAUGAGGUAAUAAUUUUAUGUCAAAUUAACCAUAGGAAUGUGGUUAAGCUUUCAGGAUGUUGUCUGGAGGAUGAAGUUCCUUUACUGGUAUUUGAGUUCAUCCCAAAUGGAACACUGUAUGAUCUCAUUCAUCACCAAAAUGACGAAUUUCCAGUGACAUGGGAAAUGCGUUUACGGAUUGCAAUUGAUAUUGCCAAUGCUUUGUUCUAUUUGCAUUCAGCUGCUUCUGUUCCUAUUUAUCACCGAGACAUCAAAUCAAGCAACAUACUUUUGGAUGAUAAGUACAGGGGGAAAGUGUCGGAUUUCGGAACUUCCAGAUCUAUUACACUUGAACAAACUCACUUAACUACACGAGUGCAAGGAACUUUUGGUUACAUGGAUCCAGAGUACUUUCGAUCGAGUCAAUUUACGGAGAAAAGUGAUGUCUAUAGUUUCGGAGUUGUUCUCGUUGAACUUUUAACCGGCCAAAAACCAAUCUCAAAACAAACUGAGGAAGUGAGAAGCUUGGUGGCGUGCUUUCUACUUUCAAUGCAGGAGAAUUCGUUAUUUGACAUUCUGGAUUCAAUUGUGCAAAAUGAUGGUCCAGAAAAAGAAAUUACAGCAGUGGCUAAACUAGCAAAAAGAUGCUUGGACCUUGAUGGAAAGAGAAGACCCACCAUGAAACAAGUAGCAAUGGAGCUGGAGCUGAUACAAGCAUCGGAAGAAUAUAAUGUUAUUGAACAAAGUGGUGAUGAAGAAUCUGAAGUAGAUGAGAUAAUAGAAUCCUGGGAUGAUCUUCCUUCUUGUUCAACCACUAGAUCAACUAGAACUGACAGUGUAACUUUGCCAUUAAAUGCAUCCUUUUAGUUUUCAAUACUUGUAACUUAUUUUUCUGUUGUUAUGCAGUCUCUGUUUAAUAAAUAUAUCCUACGUUUCUUCA